AUGACUUGUGCUGGAAACCUAGCAGAUUGUCCAGGGCAUUUUGCCCAUUUAGAGCUUGCUAGACCUGUAUUUCACAUAGGCUUCCUUACAAAAACAUUGAAGGUUCUUCGUUGUGUUUGCUUUUACUGCAGUAAAUUGCUUUUGGAUAAAGAUAAUCAACGUGUCAAAGAUAUUCUCAGAAAAACGCAAGGUUAG